AUGGCCAAAAAGCGUUCAUCGCUGAAGAAGAGUCGUACUAAUUCUACGGGUUCGGCAAUGAAAAACAAAAAGUUUGUGAGACCUACGCAGGGGGCAAAAACAAACUUGACAUUUAAAAAAGGCGAUCACAGUUUGAAUCCAGACCGCAAAGCGAAAGGAGAUCAUUUUCGCUCCAGAGCUACAAUCAAUCGAUUACUUAUGUACAAAAAUUUUAAACCUAUCAGAGACGCUAAAGGUAAAAUCGUGAGAGCUGCACCUUAUCAAGAGAAAUUGCCUUCUGGAACAGUUGCCAGAGUUGAACCUCAUCGAAAAUGGUUUGGAAAUACUCGAGUGGUUGGACAGGAACAACUGCAAAAAUUCCAGAAGAAUUUGGGAAAGGCAUUGGAAGAUCCAUUCCAAGUGGUUAUGCGACAAACUAAACUUCCUAUUUCGUUGUUGACUGAAAAAGCGAAGCAACAGCGCGUUCACAUACUUGACACGGAGAGCUUCGAAUAUACCUUUGGCAAAAAAGCUCUCAGAAAGAAGCCAAAAGUGAAAAUGGAAAGCCUUGAGACAUUAUGUGGAGAGGUUGAUCAACGAACCGAACAAUACAGUGAGAGAGCCGACAGCAGUUUAAUAAAAAAUGCCAUUCCCGAAGCAGUGGAGAAUUCAAAUCCGCUGUUUAAAGCCGGACAGAGCAAUCGUGUUUGGGGGGAGCUAUAUAAGGUAAUCGACUCUUCAGACGUUGUUGUAGAAGUAGUCGAUGGACGCGAUCCAAUGGGAACUCGGUGCCUUCAUAUUGAACAGUUUUUACGAAAGGAAAAAUCCCACAAGCAUUUAAUUUUGAUUCUGAACAAGGUUGAUCUGGUCCCAACCUGGGUCACGAAGAAAUGGCUGACAUUAUUGUCACAAGAACUGCCAACAGUGGCCUUCCAUGCAUCUAUGCAACAUUCGUUUGGGAAAGGAACAUUGAUCAACCUAUUAAGACAGUUUGCAAAUCUCCAUAAAGAUCGUCAGCAGAUAAGCGUUGGUUUUAUUGGCUAUCCAAAUGUUGGCAAAUCUUCAAUAAUCAAUACACUUCGAGCUAAACGAGUGUGUAAAACCGCUCCAAUUGCAGGAGAAACUAAAGUCUGGCAGUACGUUAGUUUGAUGCGACGUAUUUAUAUGAUUGACUGUCCAGGUGUUGUUUAUCCGCAAGGAGAUUCGGAGACUCAAAUCAUCCUGAAAGGAGUGGUACGUGUCGAAAAUGUGAAGGAUCCAAUCAAUCAUGUGCAAGGAGUUUUGGAUCGAGUAAGGGAACAGUAUUUGUUGAAGACCUAUUCCAUCCAGCCAUGGAAUGAUAUAUAUGACUUUCUGACAAAAAUCUGCCUUAAGAUGGGUCGAUUAUUAAAGGGUGGUGAACCUGACUGGAACACAGCAGCGAAAAUUGUGUUGAAUGAUUUUCAACGAGGUCGUUUACCGUACUAUGUUCUUCCUCCGGGAUGUGAAAUACAAAAUGCACAUGGAUACUGCGAAGAUAAGUGUGCAGAGAAAAUAGAAACAAAUGAAUGCGACGGUGAAAAUGAUGUUGCCGAUGAGGAAAAAAGUAAUAUCGCUAAUAAUAGUGAUAAUUGUAACGAUAGUGGUGAUGAUGAUGAUGAUGAAGGUACUUUAACGGAUCUGGAUUCAACAUGUAGUGGUCUUACUAACUUGUCGGAUUUAGACGAUUUAGAUUUUCAACUUCUGGAGGCGCCGGAAGGUGUCAUCGAUGCUGGCGCUGAAUCCAUAGAAAAGAAUGAACCAAAUAUAGAGAGACGACGGGCACGAGGGAAGAGGGCAGGAAAGAAGCUUUCGGAAAAAUGUAACAGAUUAAAAUGUAGAAAGCCGUUCGAGAAGUGCAGUGGUGUCGUUGAAUUUGGCCUAAAUGAAAAAAGAAAAGUAGAUAAAAAUGCGUGGAGAAGAAAAUUGGAGAAGCGUCGACGUAUUAAGCAUCAGCAAUAA